AUGGCAAAAUAUGGCAUCGCGCUGCCGCCGGACAAUUAUCCGCUGUCGCGACCAGGCGCGGCGGGACCCGAGUUCCUUCUGGACACCCCGUUGCAAAAGGCGCUAUCGGAAUAUGCACGACAGUCGGGCAUGAUACUGCCAGCCUUUGUGGAGCUGAUGCGCGGACAGACGGCCGAUGACAACCGGCCUAACAAGAACCUGGUCCCAGGCGUGCUGAACGAAGUAUGCAAGGGUUACGCACAUCUGGAAGAGCUCCAGAGAAUCGUGCAGGGCGGCGUUGAAGUUCGGCUAAGCAAGACACCUCCACGGCAGGUACAGCGGCCACCAAAUCACGGGUCGGCGCGAGAUCGCCUUAAUGUGCUCCGCAAGAACAUUCGCAAGGAGCAGGAUGCUGGGCGGUGCCUCGUACUCGACCGCGAUCUCCUCAAGCAAUGGCCCGAGAUUAUUAGCCCCUUCGGGGUGGUGAACAAGGGCAAUGAGGACGCAAACGUGUCGGGUAGGACGAUCCACGAUCUGUCAUACCCCGAAGGCACUUCCAUCAACGACUACACGGAUCAGGACAGCAUCACCAAGCCGGAGUACACUCACUGCGACGCGGUGGCGGCCGAAAUCCUGAGGUCCAAGCGCGCUCACCCAAGGGCCCGAGUGUGUGUGAUGGCUGAUGAUGUGGCGUCUGCUUUCCGCAACAUCAGCAUUCACAGCAACAGCGCGUAUCUUUUCGGCGGCCACAUCGAGGAGGACGAUGUCAUCGUGAUCGAGCUCGCUGCGCCAUUCGGUUAG